UUCCAUUCUCGAGUCAUCCUCUCGGCAACAUGGCGUCGGGAUCGCUCUCACGUGGCUCGACCUCCUCGUGGACUCCGCAGCAGAACAAGCUCUUCGAGCGGGCUCUCGCGGUGUACGACAAAGACACCCCGGAUCGCUGGCAGAAUGUGGCACGAGCCGUCGGCGGAGGGAAGACCGCCGAAGAGGUCAAGAAACACUACGAGCUGCUGCUUGAGGACCUCGAGCACAUCGAGUCGGGUCGGGUGCCGUAUCCAAAUUACAAGUCUUCCGGCAGCCGGGACGGUGGCGCCGAUGAGGAACAGAGGUAGCCGUACAUCCACUUUCCACUGCUAAAGAGUGCACGGGCUUGUUUGAAGACCGGAAAAGAGUCCACUGAUCCUUCUUUCUCGACCUAAUUAUCUUCGUGUAUGGAAACCAAGAUCACAGUCGCUGUUGUGCCUCAUCCAUGAUGACGGAUCACUGCCUGCCUUGUCUUCUCCCUCGUUCCGAGACCACCUUACCCGGUUCAAGCAUCAUCACGAGACCAAGUCGGAACGGUUGCUAUCAGCUGGGCAAAAUGCCAACCGGAAAAACCAACAUGGGUUCUCGCUUUGCAUGACACCGAGGACAUCGUCCCAACUCUACUCUGUACAAACUCCUCAUCCUUGUCUGGCUCCUGUUUCAUAUGACGCCGAGAACUUCCCUCUCUCUGCCUCGAUCCAACCAUGCUUGAUCUCCAUGUAUGCCAUUCUAAACUCCAUUCCCCCCACCCAUUCGUCGGGACCGACAUGCUAAAACAAUAAGAAUUGCAUAGAUCCGAUAAGAUAUGGAUGGGUGGCUACCCAAAGAUCAUGACUGACACAAGCUUUUUAAUUAACUCGA